AUGGCUUCUACAUACGACCAGGCUAGCAAGGCUGAAGCCAACGGCGGUGGCACCGAUUCUGAGCAUCUGGAAAGGCUCCGAACGGCCGCUGGGCAUCUGGAUGACCGGACGCAGCCAUCUCUGCCGGUUGUACAUCGCAGCUUCGCGAACCCAUCGCCCCUGGGUCUUCUUUCCUUUGCGACAGGGAUAUUCUUGAUCUCAAUCUACGGCGUUAAUGCGAGGGGAGUCAUUAUCCCCAACGUCCUGGUUGGCGUUCUGAUCUUCUUCGGCGGAAUAUGUCAGUUUAUCUCUGGCAUAAUGGAGUUUAUCUCAGGCAACACGUUUGGCGCCACGGUGUUCCCAUCUUACGGGGCUUUCAACCUCUCCUACGCAAUGAUCUACCUGCCCGGAUCCGGCAUUCUUGCAGCCUAUACGGACAGCUCUACCGGCGCUCUCAGCCCAGAUUUCAAUCAGGCACUGGCUAUGUACAUUUGGGCUUGGUUCAUACUAACAGUCAUCUUCACAAUCGCGGCUAUGAGAAGCUCCUGGAUCUUGUUCCUCGAUCUAGUUUUCCUGGAUGUUGUGCUGAUACUCCUGGCUUCUGGAUUCAUGGUUGGAAGUACAACUGUGCUGACGGCAGGCUAUGCAUUCGGAUUCAUAGUCGCCUUCCUUAGUUACUGGGCUGGCUGCGCUGGACUUUGGGCCGGCGGUAUCACCCCCAUUGACCUGCCCACUUUUACGAUGUACAAGCAAGGCUAA